UUCAUUCCAGUGCUUGUCUGUAUCCCACUGUGUACGUGUUGGUCCUGUUAAUGGGUCCUUGUAGUCCUUCCCGUGUGACUGAGAUAAUGGGCUAACUACCGUAUGACCAUCAAAUUACCCAUUGAAAUCUGGUAACAAGAGAUAUCCCGUUAUUGAAGAGAUCUAAGACAUGCAGGACUUAACCAGGGCAAUGAAGAACUGAACCAACACACACACACACUUACACACACACACUUACACACACACACAGACAUGAAAGAAUGCCCGCCACAGCCUGAACGAGUGGCAUGCUGGAGGAGAUUCUAACUCUGCUCUGGUCGGCUUUGGAACACAUAUUGCCGGUGAUAGUGUUGCAUAUAGUCUCGGGGAAGCUCCUGGUCACCCUCCUGCAACACACCCAGCCCAACCAGGAGAAGAAGGAGGAGAAGGAAGAGGAAGAACAACAACAACAGGAGGAGGAGGAAGAAAAACAACAGGAGGAGGAGGAGGAGGAAGAGGAAAAACAGCAGGAGGAGGAGGAGGAAGAAGACCAGGAAGAGGAGGAAGAUCAGGCUCCGAGAGGUGACGUAGUAGAUUCCACCUCCGCCUCCGCCUUAUCAUCCUCGGCAUCCACCCCAGAGCACGCCAUCAUGCCUGCGGUGGGGGAGCAGGCAGGCGUUCGCAGCCCCGACCAGAAGGAAUUCACUGUCGCAACGCCGCACGAGUUUGUCAAGAAGUUUGGCGGCAAGAAGGUUAUCACAAGGAUUCUCAUCGCCAACAAUGGCAUCGCGGCCGUCAAGUGCAUGCGCAGUAUACGGAAGUGGGCGUAUGAGGUGUUCCGCAAUGACCGAGCCUUCCACUUCAUCGGUAUGGUCACCCCGGAGGACCUUAAGGCUGGUGCCGAGUACAUCAAGCUCGCUGAUACAACCGUGUGGGUGCCGGGCGGUGCCAACAACAACAACUACGCCAACGUCAAGCUGAUCCUGGACCUUGCGACGCGCUAUGAUGUUGACGGUGUGUGGGCUGGCUGGGGACAUGCCUCCGAGUACCCUGAGCUGCCUGCCAAGCUCCACAAGAACGGAAUAGCCUUCAUCGGGCCCCCGGAGAAGGCCAUGUGGGCGCUCGGGGACAAGAUAGCGUCAAGCAUCGUGGCGCAGACGGCGGAGAUCCCAACCCUGCCCUGGUCUGGCUCGGGCCUCAAGGCAGACCUGAGUGAGGGCAGUGAGGGGCCCAAGCUAAAGAUACCGCAUGACCUCUACAAGAAGGGGUGUGUGGAGAAUGUGGAGGAGGCGCUGACGGCUGCACGGAAGAUCGGCUUUCCCGUCAUGAUCAAGGCCUCGGAGGGCGGCGGAGGGAAGGGCAUCAGGAAGGUGGAGACGGAGGACAACUUUCCCGCCCUCUUCCGACAAGUCCAGGCCGAGGUUCCAGGCUCCCCAAUAUUCAUCAUGAAGCUCGCUGAGUGCGCCCGCCACUUGGAGGUUCAAAUCAUCGCCGACUCGUAUGGCCACGCUGUCUCGCUCUUCGGCCGCGACUGUUCGGUGCAGCGACGCCACCAGAAGAUCAUCGAGGAAGCUCCCUGUGUCAUCGCCAACCCAGACGUCUUUGACAAAAUGGAGAAGGCUGCCGUCAAGCUAGCGAGGAUCGUGGGUUACGUCAAUGCCGGGACGGUCGAGUACCUCUACGACAACGACGGCAACUUCUAUUUCCUUGAGCUGAACCCGCGUCUCCAGGUCGAGCAUCCUUGUACCGAGAUGAUCACCGACAUCAACCUGCCCGCUGCCCAACUCCAGGUGGCAAUGGGCAUACCGCUGCACCGUAUCCGCUGCGUACGAGUGCUAUACGGGGAGUCACCUUGGGGGGACAACUCCAUAGACUUCGAGGCCCCGAGGAAGAAGCCGGUUCCCAAGGGUCAUUGUAUUGCCGCUCGGAUCACCAGCGAGAACCCCGACGAAGGUUUCAAGCCCAGCUCCGGCACGGUCCAGGAGCUCAACUUCCGCUCCAGCAAGAACGUGUGGGGCUACUUCAGCGUGUCAGCGUCGGGUGGUCUUCAUGAAUACGCCGACUCACAGUUUGGUCAUUGCUUCUCUUGGGGCGAGGACCGAGAGGCUGCCAGGGAGAACCUCGUGAUCGCCCUGAAGGAGUUGUCAAUCCGAGGAGACUUCCGCACCACCGUCGAGUACCUCAUCACACUCCUGGAGACCGAGACCUUCCAGCAGAACUCCAUUGACACUGGAUGGCUGGACCACCUCAUCGCGUCGCAGGUGAAGGGGAAGAAGCCGGACACAAUGCUGGCGGUGACGUGCGCCUCGGUCAUCAUUGCCGACAACGCCAUCCAGGACGCCUACAACAACUUCCACAACUCCCUGGAAAAAGGUCAAGUACUACCCCUGAAAUCCCUGAACAUGAUGGUGGAUGUCGACCUGAUCUCGGACGGGGUCAAGUACCACGUUCAGGUGACCCGGUCCGGCCCUGCGCAGUACUUCCUGGUCCUCAACAACUCCCACAAGAGCCUCGACUUCUUCCGCAUGAGUGACGCUGGUUUGCUGCUCUCCAUUGAUGGCGGAAGCCACGUCACUUACCUGAAGGACGAGGUGGACAAGUACAGACUCACCAUAGGCCACCAGACAUGCGUGUUUGAGAAGGAGAACGACCCCACGACCCUGCGUACCUCGGCCCCGGGGAAGCUCAUAAACUACCUACAGGAGGACGGGAGCCAUGUGUUUGUUGGGCAACCUUAUGCGGAGAUAGAGAGCAUGAAGAUGGUAAUGGCGCUCACCGUGACAGAAUCCGGCUGCGUGUACCACCUGAAGCGUCCCGGGGCAGUGCUCAACGCCGGGGACAUCAUCGCCCGCAUGGACCUGGACGACCCCUCCAUCGUCACCAAGGCCCUGCUCUUCACCGGCGACUUCCCUCACCCUAGCAACACCACGCUGCCCAAGGAGGACGAGAAGCUCAACCACAUCUACCAGACCCGUCGAGCCGUGUUGGACAACGUACUGAAUGGGUACUGCCUCCCAGACGGACACUUCAACAAGAUGGUGCGAGAGACCGUGCAGAAGCUGAUGACUGUGCUGAGAGACCCUAUCCUGCCCCUCCUUGAGCUGCAGGAGGUCAUCGCAUCCAUCAGCGGCAGGAUUCCCCAAGCCGUCGAGAAGAAGAUUCGCAAGUACAUGAUGAUUUACGGCAGCAACGUCACCUCCAUGUUGGCGCAGUUCCCGUCGCAGGAGAUCGCCAGCGCCAUUGAUAGCCACGCCGCCGCCCUGCAGAAGAAGGACCGCGAUGUGUUCUUCGUCACCACGCAGGGCUUGGUGCAGCUCUGCCAGCGCUACAAGAAGGGCAGCCGCGGACGCAUGACGCAGGUGGUCCAGGAGCUGCUCAAAAACUACCUGCACGUGGAGACGCAAUUCCAGCACGGCUCCUACGACAAGUGCGUCCAUGCCUUGAGGGAGCGCUACAAGGAGGACAUCAAUGGCAUCCUCUCGACCUUGCUCUCCCAUGCCCAGGUUGCCAAGAAGAACCAGAUGGUGAUUCUUCUCAUUGAGCAUCUCUGUGGGCAUGAACCCGGCCUCACAGAUGACCUCUCGGCGAUCCUUGAGCAGCUCACGAAACUCAACAGCUCCCAGCACUCCCGCGUGGCUCUAAGGGCUCGUCAGGUGCUCAUCGCAGCGCACCAGCCGGCCUACGAACUCCGGUAUAACCAAAUGGAGUCGAUCUUCUUGCCGGCGAUCGACAUGUACGGCCACUCCUUUCACCCUGAGAACCUGCAGAAGCUGAUCCUCUCAGAGACGUCGAUCUUUGAUGUCCUGCACGCGUUCUUCUACCACACCAAUGUUGCGGUGCGGAUGGCCAGUCUGGAGGUUUACGUCCGUCGCGCCUACAUCAGCUACGAACUGACCUGCCUGCGCCACAAGGAACUGUACAGCGGUGUGUGUGUGGUGUUCUUCAAGUUCUUGCUCCCUUCCUCACACCCCAACAGGAUCCCCCAUAACAAAAUGUGGAGCACCCUCGAGUAUUCCGACCCCCACCACACCCCCAUCGACCCUCCCACCAACCUGGAGAACUGCCAGCGGAUGGGUAUCAUGGCCGCCUUCAAGACUUUCGAGGACUUUGAGAUCUACUUCAGCGAUCUCAUGAACUUCUUCCAGCCCAGCGAUCCUUCUGGCUUGGAGGGAGAGAUGAGCCCGCAGGAUCUCCUAGCUGGGUCUGGGUCGUCCAUCAAGCUUGGGUCGUCUUUCAAGGAUCAUAUGGGAGAUGUGAAGUCUUGUUUCGAGAUGCUGCCUGGUGAGAGACAGUCGACAGACAACAGAACGCCCUGUAAAAAAGAGACGAAAGACCCCAUCCACAUCAUGAACAUCGGUAUCAGCAUGCAGGAGGAGAAGAACGACAGCGACCUGAGCGAGCAGUUUGCCGUGUUCUGCGCCAGCAAGAAGAAGGAGUUCAAGGAGGCCGGGAUACGUCGGAUCACCAUGGUCGUCUUCUAUGAGAAACAGUUCCCUCGCUACUUCACUUACAGACCACAACACCUCUUGAAACACAGUGCUCAGCCUGUUAGCCCAAGGGCACGUGAUGAGUUCCAGGAAGACCGGAUCUACCGCCACCUGGAGCCUGCCUUGGCCUUCCAACUGGAGAUCAACCGCCUCCGAACCUACGACCUCGAGGCCCUGCCCACCUCCAACAGGAAGAUGCAUCUCUACCUAGCCAAGGCGAAGGUGGCAGACGGGCAGGAGGUGACAGACUUCCGCUUCUUCAUCCGAUCCAUCAUCCGCCACUCCGACCUCAUCACCAAGGAGGCAUCGUUCGAAUACCUGGAGAAGGAGGGCGAGAAGCUGCUCCUGGAGGCCAUGGACGAGCUGGAGGUGGCCUUCUCGCACCACCUGGCCAAGAGGACCGACUGCAACCACGUGUUUCUCAAUUUUGUGCCCACGGUUAUCAUGAAUCCAUCCAAGAUCGAGGACUCCAUCCGCUCCAUCGUCAACCGUUACGGGCGGCGGCUGUGGAGUCUGCGGGUCCUUCAGGCGGAGAUUAAGAUGACCAUACGACAGACGCCUCAGAGCAAGACCAUUCCCAUCCGCCUCACGCUGUCCAACGAGUCCGGCUACUUUCUGGACAUGCACCUGUACCGGGAGAUCACGGACAAGCUGACGGGGCAGAUCAAGUUCGAGGGCUUCGGCAUCCGCCAGGGGCCCCUCCAUGGCCUGCCCAUCUCAACACCGUACAUGACCAAGGACUACCUGCAGCUCAAGAGGUUCCAGGCGCAGAAGAACGGGACGACCUACGUUUACGACUUCCCCGAGAUGUUCCGUCAGGCGCUGGAGAGGGAGUGGGAGACAUACUUGAAGGAGCGAGAUGUUCCGUCAGGUGCUGGAGGGGAGCAGAAGACGUACUUGAAGGAGCGAGGGGAGGGUGAGGAGAUCCCGGAGCACCUGAUCAGCCUCGUAGAGUUGGUGCUGGACCAGGACGACCAGCUGGUGGAGGAGAAGCGACUGCCCGGGGAAAACAAUGCCAGUGGAGGAAGGAACACUGGUAAGAGGUCGAGUGGAAGUUCCUGGAUGUAUAAGGAGAUCGGCAUGGUGGCGUGGCGCAUGACCCUGCACACCCCAGAGUACCCCAACGGCCGGGACAUCAUCAUAAUCUGCAACGACAUCACGUACCAAAUUGGCUCCUUUGGUCCCCUCGAAGACAUCCUGUUCCUGAAGGCUUCGCAGCUCGCCAGGGAAUUGAAGAUACCCAGGAUAUACAUCGCCGCCAACUCUGGGGCGCGCAUCGGCCUGGCGGAGGAGAUCAAGCACAUGUUCAAGGUGGCGUGGGAGGACCCGGCCGAACCUGACAAAGGGUUCAAAUACCUUUACCUGACGCCCGAGGACUACAAGAAGGUGUCCACCCUCGACUCCAUCUACGCUGAACUGAUAGACGACAACGGGAAGGCGCACUAUAAGAUCAACCACAUCAUAGGCAAGGAUGAUGGGCUGGGCGUGGAGAACCUGCAGCACUCUGGCAUGAUCGCCGGGGAGACGUCUCAGGCCUACAAAGAGAUCGUGACCUACUCCCUGGUGACCUGCCGCGCCAUUGGCAUUGGCGCGUACCUGGUGAGGCUGGGCCAGCGCGUCGUGCAGGUGGAGUCGUCGCACAUCAUCCUCACCGGCUUCAGUGCGCUUAACAAGCUGCUGGGGCGAGAGGUGUACAGCAGCAACUCUCAGCUCGGGGGCGUCGAGAUCAUGCACAAGAACGGCAUCUCGCACGCCGUGGCCCCCAACGACCUGGAGGGCAUCCACACCAUCCUGAACUGGCUGUCAUUUGUGCCGAAGACCAAGGACGCGAUAUUGCCGAUACGCGACCCAAUUGAUCCCAUAGAUCGGGCUGUUGGGUUCAUGCCGGGCCGCGCCUCCUACGACCCCAGGUGGCUGCUGGCCGGGCGACAGAACCCUGCUAACCCUAAUGACUGGGAGACCGGGUUCUUCGACAAGGACUCGUUCCAGGAGAUCAUGGAACCUUGGGCCCAGACGGUGGUGAGCGGGCGUGCCAGGCUGGGCGGGAUCCCUGUGGGCGUGAUCUGUGUGGAGACUCGCACGGUUGAAUUUAACCUCCUCGCCGACCCUGCCAAUCUGGACUCUGAGGCAAAGACUGUAUCUCAGGCCGGGCAGGUGUGGUUCCCGGACUCUGCCUACAAGACCUCACAAGCCAUCAAGGACCUCAACCACGAGAACCUGCCCCUCAUCAUCUUUGCCAACUGGAGGGGAUUCUCAGGAGGCAUGAAGGACAUGUACGAACAAGUCAUCAAGUUCGGCGCUUACAUCGUGGACGCAUUACGAGAGUACAACCAGCCCAUCCUCGUCUACGUGCCCCCCUACGCCGAGCUGAGGGGCGGCGCGUGGGUGGUCAUCGACUCCACCAUCAACCAGCGCUAUAUGGAGAUGUACGCCGAUCCCCUAUCCCGCGGUGGUGUCCUGGAGCCUGAAGGGACCGUCGAGAUCAAGUUUAAAAUGAAGGAUAUUGUGAAGGCCAUGUCCCGGCUUGACCCGACUAUCCACAGGCUGAACCGAGAGCUGACUGAGCCUGACCUGCCUGAGAACCAGCAAGCCGAUAUCAGGAAACGGAUCAAAGAGCGACAAGAUUUGCUCCUCCCCAUGUACCAUCAGGUGGCCGUGACCUUUGCCGAUCUCCACGACACCCCAGUCAGGAUGCAGGAGAAGGGGGUGAUUCAGGGGGUGGUGCCAUGGUCCCAGAGUCGCAAGAUCCUGUACUGGCGGAUGCGACGGCUGCUGGCGGAGGACUCGGUGAAGAAGGAGAUCAGGAAGGUGCAGCAGGAUUCGUCGGACGGCCAGAUCGACGCCAUGCUGAGGAGGUGGUUCUUUGAGGACAAGGGGUCGGUGGAGAGUUACCUAUGGGACAACGACAAGGUGGUGGCCGAGUGGGUGGAACAACAGAUGCAGUGUGUUGGCGACAAGGAGGAAGGGAACAGCUCGUACCUCCAGGAGAACCUUCAGAUCAUACGGAGAGAUGCGGCCAUUUCCCAGGUCAAGGAUGUGAUGAAGGAGUUCCCGGAGAUCGCCAUGGACACAAUUGUUCACAUCAUCCGCCGCAUGUCCCCAACGCAGCGCGCAGACACCCUGAGGACACUGAACAACUUGGACCUCGUGAGCCAGCAGAGCGAGCCGGUCACCACACCCGACCCACAGGACACAGCCAACUGACCUUCAGCCUGGCGGUGGGACCCUGUCUAGCACAAUCACCACCACCAUCACUGCUAGUAUCACCACUGUCGCCAACACCACCAACACUACCACGACUUUAGAGGACCCUAACCCUGGUACCAUGACCAUAAACACUGAUUUACACAUGAUACACAAUGAAAACACACACACACACACAUGUACACUAGAUAUAUCAUACACACACACACACACACACACACACACACACACACACAUGUACACUAGAUAUAUCAUACACACACACACACACAUAUGAUACAUACACUAGGAAUACACACACAUACACUUAACACAUGCACACAUACACUACAAAUACACACACACACACACACACACACACAGUUAAGUAUUUUCAUUGUGACACUCAGUUUGGUUAUGUUGUGGUAUUCAAAUCAGUACAGCUACUCAAUUAUUCUAUAAGUUUAUUUUUUGUUAAUGUGUCUGUUUGGCUUUCUCUAUCCUACUCAAUAUUUCCGCCGCUCUCCAAACACAGAAAUUCUACCUCAGCUAUUCAGUUGCCCUUCCGUUUUCGUUUAUUUUCCCUCUUUCGUUUCUCCGCCGCCCAAAGCUGCCGUGUAGUUGCUCAGUCGAUGGUCACUGUGGACUGUCUUAACUUAAACCACAAGAUUAUUAUUAUUACUGCAGGAUUAUUAUUAUUAUUGCUGCCCUGAAUGUUGUGUGGUAGAUUUGUCUUUAUGUUGGUUUAGUUUAGGUUGGCUCUUAUGUGUGUGUGUGUGUGUGUGUGUGUGUGUGUGUGUGUGUGUGUGUUUCCAGGUUCUCGCCUUAAGAUCACAUAUGCUUCACCACAGACUCUUAAGAUUUUAAUACACACACAAAUAGAAGAGCAUACAUUGAAUAGAAGAAAUACAUUGAAUGUGUCUUGUUACCAGAAUAGUAAUACGUAUAACCUGUGUGUUACUUGUAUUGCUUCACCACAGCAGACCGAAGAUUUUAAUACACACGCAAAUAAGAGAAAUCUGCUUUGGGGUGAUACAUUAAACGUGUCAUGUUGUGAAGUGUUACCAGAUCAAUACUAUGACCCUUGUGUUACUUCUAUCACUUCGGAGAGAGAGAGAGAGAGAGAGAGAGAGAGAGAGAGAGAGACAGAGAGAGAGAGAGCAGUAGCGGUAUAUCAGACAGUGCGUUCACCACCACCACCAUCAUCAUCUUCAUCAUCAUCACCAUCACACUGUCUCCUGCUCUCAUUUUUUUCACCAUCUCCAGUUUUCUCUUUGCGUAGCACCAUCAUCUUCCAGUCACCAUAUGUGCUAAAAACGAGUGGCAAAAUAAUGUACGAAUAGUUGAGAAAGACAGAUGGAAGGAUUGAAGGAGCGUUUUGUCGAGAGCUUGUUGUGGAUUUAUUAUUUUUAUUGUGAAUUGGGCAGAAAAAUGGGAAGAUAAUGUUUUAAUGGAAGUAUUGAAGUUGAGAAAGAUACAAAACAAAUAACUAGAUUGAAGGAAAGAUAAAAAAGGAAAAAAAGUUAACAGCAAGAGCAAGAUUGAAGGCGAGUUUUGUCAAGAUCUUGUGGAAUUUGUUGUUUUAUUGUGAAUUGUGCAGAAAAAUGGGAAGAUAAUGUUUGAACAGAAUGAUUAAAGUUAAGAAAGAGAAACAAAAGAGCUGGCAAAGUUUAAGGAGGAGAAUUUUACUGAGAGCUUGUUGUGGAAUUUUUAGUUUUGUGAAUUGUGCAAAAAAAUGGCAAGGUAAUGUUUGAAUGGAAGGACUGAAGUUGAAAAAGAGAGAAAACAUAUAAUAAGGAAAGGAAGGAAAGGAAAAAAAAAAAAAAAAGACAACAGAUUACAGCAAAAUUGAAGAGGAGUCUUGUCGAGAGCUUGUCAUGGAAUUUGUCAUUUUUAUUGUGAAUUGUGGAAAAAAAGAUUUUGUAUGAUCGGUAAAAUUGAAACUGAAGAUAAACAAGACACGGCAAGAUUGUUUGAACGGAAUAAUUGAGUUUGAUUUUGAAUUUGCAAGUGUAAAAAAAAAAAAAAUGAUGAAAUAAUGUUUAAACGGAAGAACCUAAACUAAAACAAGAGAGAAAAGAUGCCAAGAUGGAAGGAAAAGUCUGUCCAUAGUUUGCAGCUUAGUGGAAAUAGUGUUUUAAUCGCAAAUUUUUGUGCAGAAAAAAGUGCGAGAAUAAUGAACAAAUGAGUGAAAGUAUUGUACGAACAGAAUAUAAUUGAAGUGUGUUUUUAACCAGUUCUAAAUUUGUAUGCUAUCGUAGUGUGUAUGUAUGCGUGUGUGUGUGUGUGUGUGUGUGUGUGUGUGUUUAGGUUGUAGGUAAUGAUAUGUAUAUUUAGGAAGUGUUCACAGAUUAUUCUUACAUAUAUUUAAAGCACAAAGGAGUUUUAUAAGAGUGUCCGAUAGAGAGGCUUCGUUAGGGCGUGUGCGUCGGUUUGUAUUUGUGUGUGUGUGUCCCGUUGUGAUCAGUAACCGUGUCGAGAAGGAAAAAGAAGAAGAGAAAACAGCCAUGGAUAAGAGUGAAGGUAUAAAAUGCAAUCUCGUGAAUAAAGAUAUGGAAACGAACCAUAUUUAGAUUUGAUAAGAGGGGAAACGCACUUGAUAGAGAGGAAGGAAAGUGACAAAAAGUGGACAAGCAUGAAAAUAUGAAAAUUGAUGUUAUUCAGAUUUAAUGAGAGGAAAAAAACACUUGACAGAGAGGGAGGAAAUUGAUGGAAAGUGGACGAGUUGAAGAUAUGAAAAUUAACCUUGUUGAGAUUCAAUUAUAGGAGAAAAACACAUGACAAAAGGAUAGAAAACUGACGAAAGAAUGGACGAGUACACAUUUUUUCUUACAGUAAAGGAAGCAGCUCAAGGGCAAAAAGCAAUUAAGAUAAAAGCCCCAUAACAUCCACCUCCUAUUAUCAUCAUUUUUACUAUUAUUAUUAUUAUUAUUAUUAUAAUUAUUAUUGUAUUAUUUUGACUUCAUUUUACACUUCCGCUCAAGUCCACGGCAACUCAUUCUUCUUCCUUUCGACACGGACACUGAUUACGACGACGCUUAUGAACAGCCGAAUGUCUCGUACCCUGUUUGUCGUGCCUGAGGAAGUAGUGAUUUAUUUGACCGAAUGACGGGUGUGUGGAUGCCUGAAGGGAAAGGGGUGAGGGAAGACGGGUGAAGAGAAUGAAAAGGAAGAGGAGAAAAAGACAAAAUAGAGGAAGAGGGGAAGGAGUAUUAAGAAGAGUAGAGAAAGAAGAGGAGGAGUAGGAGAGAAAACUAAAGCAUACAGAAUGACUUCAGUUCUUGAAAGAGGAGGAGAAGGAAGAGGAUGAGGAGGACUAGAUGGAAGAGGAGAUAAAUUACAGUGUUUUAAGAGGAGGAGGAGGAGAAGGAUGAGUAGGAGUGCAAAAGGAUGAAGAGAGAGGAGAAAUUAAGAGAAGGAGAAAGAGAAAAUGGGAUGACUUCAGUUCUUGCAGGAAUUAAAUAAAUGCAGAGGAGAUGAAUGCAAAAUGAGGAAGAGGAGGAGGGAUUAUAGUCUAAAAAGGAAGAAGAGUAAGAGGAAAAACUUGCACGACUUCAGUUCUUGCAGGAAUAAGUAGAAGGAGGAGGAGAUAAAAAGAGUAAGAUUAAGAGGAAUUAUAGUCUGAAGAAGAGGAGGAGGAAGAGGAGUAAGAGGAAAAACUCAACACAUGACAACUUCAGUUCUUGCAGGGAUGAAGUAAAUGAAAAGGUGUUUGUACAAGUGUCGAUGUGGCAUGUCCCCGGAUGUCCCCUCACCCCAAACCCCUUUAUAGAGUAUCAAUCACAAAGUCUUAUAUAUAUAUUUCUGUAUUUUCACCACGUAUUUGGAGUAUAGUGCUGCAUAGUUAAACGAGAAUAAAUAUUUGUUAUAGAGA